AUGUCGUCGAUUCCUCGCAUAAACUGGAAGGCCAUCCCGCAGACAUCCUGGCACAAAAUCUACGUCGGCGUGGUGCUCUUAUUCACGUUCUACCUCCUCGCCAACACCGCUCGCAGCUAUAACGGCUCCAAAAAAUUUCACGACGUCCUCGCGACACCUGCUUGGGAUCGGCCUGCGCUUCUCCAAAGGCCUGGGACGAGUCGACUGGUUCGGACCCUAGAAGGCAAUGAACGGCGAUACCAAGAAACGAUCCUCAAACGCGCGCUGGUCAUCGAGAAAGAGGGCGGGAAGUAUAUUGUUCCAUUUCCACCGCCUCGCUCCAAGUUCUACGUUCUUUGGGACUUUUUCAUUCCCGCCUUUACUUGUCCGUUCCCCACAUAUCGCGUCGGCACCCUCGUUGAAGGCGGGUUGUGGGUCUGUGGAUUGGAGCGUGUUCUGAACAGUCGACCCAAACCAAUCGUCUAUUCCCUCAACUACGCAACUCCCGCUUACUCCAGCUUCGAGCAAGACAUGUUGCGUCGUUCCCCGGGAUGUGAAAUAUACGGCUUUGACGCCAACGCGACGGCAAUUGGCGCUCUCCGCUGGCCCUGGGGCGACGCCAACAACAUGCAGUCUGACGCGCGUGUCCAUUUCAACAAAUUCGGGAUUGCCGACAACAAUGCAACUCAGUACCGCUCGCUGGACAGCGUCAUGAAGCAUUUCGGACACGACUUUGUCGACAUUCUCAGAAUCGACCUCGAGGGUGGCGAGUUUCCCGUGCUCACGUCUAUGAUUGCGGACAACGGCGACAAACCGCUUCCGUUUGGUCAACUGCUGCUCGAGUUUCAUGUUGGGUGGUCGGAAGACAUGAGCACUGUCGACAAAUUUUCGAAAUGGUGGGAGCGUCUCGAGCGUGCAGGGUUGCGGCCAUUCUACUUUGAGAUCAGCAUGAUGGACGUGAACAACAUGCGCAAAGAGCCUGCCGUUGUCUACUUCUCGUUUAUCAACAUUCGCGGACGACAUGCGUUGUUGGACGAUAGCUUGCCCGAGUACCCGUAG